UGCGGUAGGUAGAAAAUCUAACUUUUUUAAAUAAAGUUCAGUAUAAAUAAAUGUUGGAUUUAUUUAGUGAGUAAUAUUUGUGUUGUGUUGUGAUAUUUGCAAUGCCAAAUAGGAUAGUGGAAGAUAUUCUUCCAAGAAAUCCACCACAUUAUUUGCACGAACUUCCUCAAGAAGAUGAAGAACGUUUGGGAAAAUUAUUUACCCGUCUGGAUAAAAAUGGAAAUGGCAGGAUUGAUAUUCAUGACUUGUCUGCAGCUCUCAGAGAACAUGGGGUUCAUCACGGUUAUGCUGAGAAAUUUCUCAAAAGUACCAAAAGCAAAAGUGGAGAACUGUCCCUGGCAGAUUUUAUUUACUACGUGAGAGAACAUGAGAAAAAUUUGAGGUUGCAUUUUUCUCAUUUGGAUAAAAAUAAAGAUGGAAAAAUAGAUCUGGAUGAACUUGUACGAGCAUUUCAUGAUCUGGGCAUACCCCUAGACAGGGGUGAAGCAACGAAUCUCUUACAGAGAAUGGAUCAAGAUGGAAGUUUGAAUAUUAGUUAUGAUGAGUGGCGGGAUUUUUUACUGCUUGCCCCGAGCAAUAACAUCCAAGACCUUAUUACUUACUGGCGCCAUUCGACGUAUCUGGAUAUUGGGGAGGAUAUGAAUGUUCCUGAUGAUUUUACACAAAAUGAAAUGCAAACUGGAAUGUGGUGGAGGCAUUUAGCUGCCGGUGGUAUAGCAGGAGCAGUCUCUAGAACUUGCACUGCUCCCUUAGAUCGACUGAAAGUGUUCCUACAGGUACAACCUUCAAAGCAGAGAAUUGGAGAUUGUUUUAGUUACAUGCUAAAGGAAGGAGGAGUUACAAGUCUCUGGAGGGGCAACGGUAUAAAUGUGUUAAAAAUAGCCCCCGAGUCGGCAUUGAAGUUUGCCGCCUACGAACAGAUCAAAAGACUGAUAAAAGGCGAUUCGAAAGAAACCCUUAGCAUUUACGAAAGAUUCUGUGCAGGUGCUUUAGCUGGUGGAAUAAGUCAAACAGCUAUUUAUCCUUUGGAAGUUUUAAAAACCAGACUAGCUUUAAGAAAAACCGGACAGUACAAGAGUAUAGCGGACGCAGCUUAUAAAAUUUACGUUGGAGAAGGCUUGAUGAGCUUUUACAGGGGUUACAUUCCAAAUAUUUUAGGAAUUAUUCCAUACGCCGGUAUAGACUUGGCUGUGUACGAGACUUUGAAGAAAAAGUAUUUUAAGACCCAUUCUAGUAAUGAGCAACCCAGUUUCUGGAUGCUUCUGGCAUGUGGAAGCGCCAGUAGUACUAUGGGACAGAUGUGUUCUUACCCGCUAGCAUUAAUAAGAACUAGGUUACAAGCACAAGUAAUCCACCCAGCAAUGGAUCCAGCAACCGUGACCAUGACAGGUGUGUUUAGGACAAUUAUAGAAAAGGAAGGGUUUUUAGGCUUGUAUCGGGGAAUAACUCCGAAUUUUAUUAAAGUAAUGCCGGCAGUUAGCAUCAGUUAUGUCGUUUAUGAAUAUUCAAGUCGAUUGCUGGGGAUAAACAUGACGUGAUGCCGGAAUAAACUAGGAACCAAUUUAUUUAUUCUAAAAAAUUUCUCG